AUGCCAAACACAAUCGCCUAUACUUGGUCCCAGACACCCACACAACUAUCACUGCGCCUUCGCAUUCCUUCCCUGAAGGCGGAUCUGCACCAACUGCAGCGUAGCACACAGUUGUCUGUUGUUGUUGCCAUUUGUUACGUGCGCGUGUGCUGGCACCCGUGGGUUCUGGAGCUCGACCUUUGGGACGACGUCGUCUUUCAAUCUGCAAAGGUCAUUCCAGGGGCUGAAUGUCUCACCAUUACUGUACCAAAGGCCCAAAAAGGCUUGUGGGGUUCUGUCGCUGCGACUAGUAACCCGCGGCUACAGCAAAAUGACAUACGGCAGCGUAGACAAAGAGCUAUUGCUGAUUACACCCAGUGGCAGGAGCAGUUGAAUCGCGCGCGCGUUGGUGCCAGGGAUGCCCUCAAAGAAGCCCAGCAAAAACGCCUUUGGAAACAACAGAAGGAACAGCGAGAAUGGCAGCAGCGCCAAAAGAGUCUACAGGUGGAACAGGUGCUUCAGCAGAUAGAAGACGAUGAGCGAACAACGCCCGAACAAGAGAAGGCAAAGGUGUCAAAUUCCCAUAAGUGUGUUGACUAUCAAGUGACUGACAUAGAAAUUCACGGCAUUCCCGAGCCACAAGGCAUGCAAACGCCACAGAGUGCUCAAGGAAAGUCCAAACAGUCACAAAAUGGGGUAGAUCCGUGUUUGAUAGCCAGCUGGUGUGAAGAUGCAAACAAGGACUGCGACAGUGAAUGCAAGCUCGGCGCAAGCGUAACCGUUGAUAGUAGCUUCUCCAGCACAAACAGCAAUGCAGCGCUACAGGCAGACCCAAAAACGGCUGCAGACUCUGCAAUGACAUAUGGAACAAACGAGAGGAAAAGAAAUGCGCCAGUUGACUUGUCGGCAGGUCAGAUUGCUUGCGGUGAAUUGCUUUCGGAAUCUGUCCCCGGUUUAGCUUUACUAGCAGCCACAGAAGCUCAUACCACUCAGCCCGUAUCCUGCACAAAAGUACGUGUUUCCUUUGGACCCAGAAGACCAAAUCGAGUCCCAGCAAGAGGCCCCCGCGUCCCACCGCUCCCUCAUACUGGACCAGACCUACGCUGUGGCGGCACUCAUAGGUCAACGCCAAAUGACUUGUCUCGAGUGCUGCAAACUAGCCCACAUUGGUUACAGUCGAAAGCAGCUCGUUUACUGAUGUGCGGAGAUGUAGCAGCAGCGGCUGAGGCGUAUGCAACAAUUCUACAGCUUGCCCAGCAGCAUAGCCAACAUCGUCUUGUAAUUGUCAAGGCUCUUUGUGGACGCAGCCUAGCCAGGCUAGCGUUGGGGGAGAACAGAGAGGCUAUUUCUGACUGCAAAGAAGGAAUGGCAAUUUUGCAGGAACACAUGCGACAAGAAGAAACGGCGGCUGCUGUUGCGGGGCAGCCACUAGAGAAGAGCCUAGAACACAAUGAGUGCAUGCACUUGCAGCGAAUCAUUCUUGCCCGCCAGGCUGCAGCGUUUUUGAGGCUCGACUCCCUUGAAGAGUUACAAGUUAUUGGAAAAGCGAAGGCGGAGGCCGACACAGUACUUCGGUUAGCAUUGGCAGCCAGGCAUAAACUGGCUACCCUGGAAGCGCCAUCAGCAAAUUCCACAGCAGCUGAUCACCAACAAGAUGAAGUAGGGCUUGGAGUAGACUCUGUUACAACGGAGAAAACUGCUACGGGCCAGUGCGCUCUCCUGCUUCGCUGCAUCAGGAUUUACACACACUCACUAGAAAAUCUGCUGGCUCAAGUGUUUUCGAAGUCUGAUCAGCUAGGUCGCAUUGUGACGGUUGAUGACGGCAACUGCCCGUGCGCAGUAUACUCAAUGAAGACUGGCCUAAUAGGACAGCAGGACCCAGCUUCAUCAGCAUCGACUGAAGAGCAAAUCACAUUCACAGAAACUGAAACACACGCCUGCGAAAGAACGAAAAAUGCCACAUCGAAUGCCGAAGAAGCCGACCAGUCUGCUACAAUAAUCAAGUUGUCUCGCCAAGUGGAGGAAGCUGUGAAGGCAUCCGAAUCGGACGGAAGCAACUUCCCAUGCGCCGCAGCAGCAGCAACAGUGAUUGCUAAUAUGACACUGGCCCUAAUGCUGCUGCAGCAGGGGAGCGACAGAACAGCAGCAGAAUCAGCUCUCACAGCUGCGGACGCACUCAUCUGGCAUGUUGAGGAACAACUCCGGUUGCAGCAUGUUCUUAUCCGGCCAACGUUCUCAUGGGCAGAAGAGCAUGGCGAGGACAUCAAGAAGUGCGAGCCAAGCACGGAAGGGACGAUGCAUAAAGGGAUUACGGAUGAAGUUCGCCAGAUGCCUGCUACGCCAGUGAGCCUUCUGCAGCAGGAACACACGCACUUCGAGGUAGCUGCAAAGCUUAAAAUGCUGCCGGGUGACUGUAUUUGUUCCUUGCCCUUGUCCCACUGCAGGCUAACGGGCAGUUCAUGUGGAGACUGA